AUGAAAGUCACCGAGGAGGAGUCAAAGCCAGAUGGGAAACCGUUGGCUGUGCGCAAAGUCAAGCCUAGACCGUGGCGCAAACGCUGGUCUCUUCCGAGAUGUCUGAGGGAGCUUCCCCCUGCCGUCCCCAGCACCAGCUUCCAAAACAGACUGUUACUGGCUGGCUUUUCCUGGGAGGAAAAGAGCAAAACACAAGAUCUAGUGGGGGAGGAGGGCUUGAAGGCAGAAGAAAAGGAGACUUCAGGACAGAACCUAGGGUAUCAUGACUCCAGGAAAAUCAACGAUUAUCCAUCUCUCUUCAGCAGUCCCACAUGGAAACACAAAUACAUCCAGGUUUGGGGGCGCUGGGUUACCCAUACCGAGCGUCCCGGGCCCAGACGGACCUCGGGGCUCAGGGGCCGGUACCGAAGGCGGGGGCCGCGCUGGGGGCGCGGUGCUGGCGGACGGCAGACCUGGGAGGCCGUGGUGGCGGCGGGCGGGCCACUCUCGGCUCCGCCUCCCCUGCUCCGCCUCCCGCUCCCGCCCCGCCCUCCUGCCGGCGUCCGCCCGCCCGCCCGUCUGCUCUCUUCACUCGCUAGCUCGCUCUCGGCCCCCCAUGCGGAUGUGACAUUUCAGGCCGCCGCCAUUUUGAGAGCGAGCCGAGUCGAGCCGCCGGGCGCCGCGUCCGCUGCCGAAGCCCCGACGACGACGCCGAGGACGCGCCACACAGGCCCGCCGCGCCAGGCCAGGCCUCCGGACCGCCGCUCCCGGCCCGAGGCGGGGCUGACUCCCCGGCCCCCGCCCGGCCGCCCUCCGCCCCCGGCCGGCCCGCAGCCCCGCAGCCCCGGCCUCGGCGGCGGGAGGCGGGCCCCGCGGCGGCCGCGGCAGCGGCGGCGGCGGCGGCCGCAGCCAGCGACGAGGCUACCCAGCUCGGCCCGCCGGCCGUCCGCCCGCCUCGGCGCCGAGAUUGGGCGAAUCGCGAGCAAGUACGUGCGCGUCUCCCUGCCGCCGCCGCCGCCGCCGCCCGCCGCGGGCCGCCCCGGGGCCACCGCCGACGACGCGCGGGAGGAGGCCGCGCCGCCGCCGUCGCCGCCGCCGCCGCCCCGGCUCGCCGCCUCCUGCCCCACGGGCCCGCAGCCCCGACCCCCGGCCGCAGGCGAGGCCCAGGCCGCGGCCGACAUGAACCACCAGCAGCAGCAGCAGCAGCAGAAAGCGGGCGAGCAGCAGCUUAGCGAGCCCGAGGACAUGGAGAUGGAAGCUGGAGAUACUGAUGACCCACCAAGAAUUACUCAAAAUCCUAUUAUCAAUGGGAAUGUAACCAUGAGUGAUGGGCACAACAACACAGAAGAAGAUAUGGAGGAUGACACGAGUUGGCGCUCCGAGGCAACCUUUCAGUUCACUGUCGAGCGCUUCAGCAGACUGAGUGAGUCGGUCCUUAGCCCUCCGUGUUUUGUGCGAAAUCUACCAUGGAAGAUUAUGGUGAUGCCACGCUUUUAUCCAGACAGACCACACCAAAAAAGCGUAGGAUUCUUUCUCCAGUGCAAUGCUGAAUCUGAUUCCACGUCAUGGUCUUGUCAUGCACAAGCAGUGCUGAAGAUUACAAAUUACAGAGAUGAGGAGAAGUCAUUCAGUCGUCGUAUUAGUCAUUUAUUCUUCCACAAAGAAAAUGAUUGGGGAUUUUCCAAUUUUAUGGCUUGGAGUGAAGUGACUGAUCCUGAGAAAGGAUUUAUAGAUGAUGACAAAGUGACUUUUGAAGUCUUUGUACAGGCGGAUGCUCCCCAUGGAGUUGCGUGGGAUUCAAAGAAGCACACUGGCUAUGUUGGUUUGAAGAAUCAGGGAGCGACCUGUUACAUGAACAGCCUGCUGCAGACUUUAUUUUUCACAAAUCAACUACGAAAGGCCGUUUACAUGAUGCCAACAGAGGGUGAUGACUCAUCCAAAAGUGUCCCUUUAGCAUUGCAGAGAGUAUUCUAUGAACUACAGCACAGCGAUAAGCCUGUAGGGACAAAAAAGCUAACAAAAUCAUUUGGGUGGGAAACUUUAGAUAGCUUCAUGCAACAUGAUGUUCAAGAGCUAUGCCGCGUGUUGCUUGAUAACGUGGAAAAUAAGAUGAAAGGCACAUGUGUAGAAGGCACCAUACCUAAGUUAUUCCGAGGCAAAAUGGUGUCCUAUAUCCAGUGUAAAGAGGUGGACUAUCGAUCUGAUAGAAGAGAAGAUUAUUAUGAUAUCCAGCUGAGCAUAAAAGGAAAGAAAAACAUAUUUGAAUCAUUUGUGGAUUAUGUGGCAGUAGAACAACUAGACGGUGACAACAAAUAUGACGCCGGGGAGCACGGCUUGCAGGUAAUCUGGGAAUUUUGUGCCAGUGUCUUGGUGUAGCUUUUCAUUUACACG